AGUUUCAAUGGUAAUUUUUAUGUUACAUGGCUACCACCACUCCGUUGAAAAUAUGUUUUUGGACUUCAGCCAAAUAAUUUCUUAACGUUUUUUUUUUGCUAGCAAGUCGAGCACUUCAAUAAAUUGUCGCUACGUUUUGAUUUGAAGGCAAAAAAUUCACUAUCAAAAGCUAGAUUACAGGUAAUUUACUAACUGAUCUUAAAUAUUGAAAAACGAUGGAAAUUGAUAACCAUUUAUUUGUUCAUUUUUCAUUAUUUCAGCUGAAAUGGAUAAUUUAGCAAUAAAUCUUGAAGGCGAAAGUUUACCGAAUCAAAGAUUUAAUGUUUCACAGGUUUUACCUAAAAACGAAACGUUUCAAGGAAAAAUCGGAAACAAUAUUACACAGUCAUCCAUUGCCCCUAGCAUAGGUGACGAUAUUGUUGAGGAUAAUGGCACCCAUGAAGCUAUUCCAAUGACAUUUUUUUACCGAAACGAUUCUUCGAAACGCCAUUUUCCCGGUGGUAAAAACUCCAUUAAAUCUCGACCAACACUCGAUCAGUUGAGAAAGAACUUUGAAACGAAUGGUGACACGGAUAAUGAUUCGCAAAGUAAAACCGAAGAAUUUCCAAGUGAAGAUAUCGAAGUUGGAAAAAUAGACUGCAAAUCAACAAAACCAGCCACAAAAUUUGGAUGGAUAAAAGGCGUGCUCGUGCCAUGUUUGUUGAAUAUCUGGGGUGUUAUGCUCUUUCUUCGUUUAACCUGGGUAGUCGGCCAAGCAGGCGUAGCAUUUUCUACAGUUAUAAUUCUGCUUUCAGCUUUUGUCACGACAUUGACAUCCAUAUCUAUGUCAGCUAUUUGUACUAAUGGACAGAUCAAAGGAGGUGGUGCAUACUAUCUCAUCUCACGAAGUUUGGGACCUGAGUUUGGUGGUUCCAUUGGUUUAAUAUUUUCAUUAGCUAAUGCAGUUGCCGUGGCAAUGUAUGUUGUUGGUUUUGCUGAAACUGUCUCUUAUUUAAUGCAGGAAAAUGAUUCCCUCAUGAUUGAUUUGAUAAAUGACACCAGAAUCAUUGGUCUUGGAACAGUUGUACUACUACUUGGUCUUACAUUGAUUGGUCUUGGUUGGGUUCUUAAGGCUCAACUAGCUUUGCUUGUUUUACUUCUAAUUGCAAUGCUUAGCGUGGUAGUUGGAUUUUUUGCUGGUCCUCUCACCACUGAUAUCAAGUCUAAGGGUUUCGUUGGUCGUAGUUCGUCAUUGCUUCGUGAAAAUCUUUCUGGUUACACGAGCGGAGAAUUUCUUUUCGGUAUUUGCUGUGUUUUCCCAGCAGCCACCGGAAUCUUAGCGGGUGUAAAUAUUUCUGGAGAUUUGAGAGAUGCUCAAAAAGCCAUUCCUAAAGGAACAUUUCUUGCGAUUGGAAUUACCGGAAUUGCUUAUGUGCUUUUGGGAAUAUUGGCAGGGUCAUGUACUUUGCGGGAUGCGACAGGAUUUGUUAACGAUACGAUGACUUGCGCUAUUACUGAAUGCAAAUAUGGUUUGAAUAAUGACUAUCAGGUAAUGCAGAAAAUCUCCAUCUGGGCGCCAUUGGUAAUCGUUGGUAUUUUUGCAGCAACUUUAUCUUCUGCACUUGCAAGUUUAGUUGGAGCACCAAAAGUUUUUCAAGCUGUUUGUAAAGACGAGAUAUUUCCUUACAUCAAGUAUUUUGCGAAAGGUAGUGGACCUAACAACGAACCACGACGAGCAUAUAUUCUCGUCUUCUUUAUUGCAGCUGCAUUUAUCGCCAUUGCUGAACUCAAUGUUAUUGCGCCUAUCAUUUCAAACUUCUUCUUGAUGUCCUACGCCCUUAUCAACUACGCCGUGUUUGCAGCGUCACUUGGUCGAUCUCCCGGUUGGCGUCCAUCGUUUAAAUAUUAUAACAAAUGGGUUUCUUUGUUUGGAGCCCUUUUAUGUAUAGGCAUUAUGUUCCUCAUUCAAUGGUGGGCUGCUCUCAUAACAAUUGUCAUUAUUGGGGCUUUAUAUAAAUACGUAUCGUAUUCAAAACCACAGGUAAAUUGGGGCUCCUCUACUCAGGCAGUUACCUACAGAACGAUAUUGGCAAUGAGCUAUCAAUUUAAUGCUGUAGCUGAUCACGUGAAAAACUUUCGCCCUCAGUGCCUCGUCCUCAUGGAUUCCUUAGAUGAUCAAAGUGAUAUGUUAUAUUUGGUGUCCCAUUUCACUAAGAACAUAGGCUUGAUGAUUUGUGGUCAAGUUAAAGAUGAAAGCACCAUUAGUAAACAUCAUAUUGAUUAUGAGAAUGUUAAUGCUUGGCUCACACAUAAUAAGAUCAAAUCAUUUCAUACUAUUGCUACAGCAUGCAACCUUCGUCAAGGUGUGAAAUGUCUUAUGGAGUGCACAGGCCUUGGGAAAAUGAGACCCAACACUUUGUUUUUGGGCUACAAGACAAAUUGGCGAGAAUCAAUUGUUGAGGAAACGUCAAAUGAUGCAAAAUCACAAUGGAAGAAACAAAACAACAAAAAAUUAUGUGAAUAUUAUCCAAGACGCUUUUGAUCAUAAUUUCGGUGUAGCCAUUCUUCGUACAAACUUCGAUA